CAUGACAGUAGAACAGCCGGAAAGAGAUUCGUACAUCCUCUUUACUCCGUACCUCGUCAGUUUUAAGGAGAUUAAUGACAGGACUGACUACAUUGUGAGUGUGGAGGAUGUGGACAUGCCUGUGCUAGAUGCAAUGAUGGCCGACAGCAGGAUUGAUUAUCCCAACAACAUCAACCAUCCGGAAACGGUGCUCCUGAUUCUAAUCGGAUCCGGACUCUUUCACUUCCAAGUGAAGGUCUUUCAGGGUCUCAGCUACUGCAGCCUGCAGGACGAGUUUCAGAUCUAUGUCGACGACGCUCCGUUACCUUACCCGCUACAAUUCCUCAUCAACUCGUUCGUCGCCAUCCUCAUAGGGGGCGUGCUGUUCGUCGUAUACCUGUGGUACCUCAACAAGCAUCACGUAACGCGCGUGCGCAAGGCGGGGUCGCGGUGUCAAGACCUGCACGCGAUAGCGCACGACUACACGGCUGACGAUCGCAAGACGUCGAUGUAUGUAUGACAGCGUCAUCACACCAACGCCUGCCGAGGUCUGGGCGGAUGCUGGGAUGUUCACGGGAUAUGCAGAUGCUGGAAUAUGGCAGGAUGUUGGGAUAUUGCCGGAUGCUAGGAUAUCGCCGGAUGCUGGGAUAUCGCAGGAUGCUGGGAUAGGGCAGGAUAUUGGGAUAUGGUAGGAUGCUGGGAUAUGGUAGGAUGCUGGGAUGUCGCCGGAUGCUGGGAUAUCGCCGGAUGCUGGUAUAUGGCAGGAUGUUGGGAUAUCGCAGGAUGCUGGGAUGUCGCAGGAUGCUGGGAUAUGGUAGGAUGCUGGGAUAUGGCAGGAUGUUGGGAUGUCGCUGGAUGCUUGGAUAUUGCCCGAUGUUGAUAUCUUAUCGAAUGCUGGAUUGCACCCAAUGCUAGAAUCUGAUCGUAAGCUGGAAUCUUACCGGAUGCUGGGACCUCACAAGAUUCUGGGAUCUGGACGAAUGUUGGGUCCUUGCUAGAUUUUAGCAUCACUGUAUAUGCUUGGAUUCUCCAAAUGGUGGGAUGACUCUGGAUGUUAAUUCUCGCGGGAUUUAGAUCACAUUAGAUGCUGGCUUCACUUCAGAUAUGCAGGGACAUCCACAGAUGCUGUAAUCUUACCGGUUGCCAGUCUUAUUACGUCGCAGUUUUUCAUUACGUGUGUAAUUCGUUCGUUUAAAUUUAGUCUCCUGAGAGAUUUAAGAUUAUGGCGUUAUCAAUUUACUCAAGUUCGUUAAUUCGUAAUCUGUUAUCUACUGUGUUGGCUGUUGAGUUAACACAUUCUGUGAAGUGUUGGUGUUAUUUUAGCUGCGUUAUGGAAACCUACCACUGAGUGGCUUACAAUGAAAUAAAAAUUUCUUCACAAUU